UUAAAACUGGAUAUAAGCAAUUAAAUGGUUCUUGCAAAAAGUUACACAAUUUACACUUUAUAAUUGCGAUAUUAAUGAUCAAUAAAUAACUAAACUAAGAAACGCUUGAAUUAGCAGUACUUUAAGGUACUUCUACGAUGGCGGACAUGGAAAAUGAGUUAAAAGAUCUCCGAGAAAAAAAUAAUGAAUUAGUUCAGAAAGUCCAGUAUUGGAAAAUGACUGCUGCGCAAAGGGAGAAUGAGAAAUUGGAGCUUAUGAAAGAAAUAAACGAGCUAAGGCUUAAACUGAGCAGAUUACGUAGCGGCGGUGCGGCUCAUGCUCGCAAGCUUGACGCUGCACUUCAGACUGCAAGUGAAGAAGCACUAUCACAUCUGGUACAAGCAUCAAGUGCAGUUGCUCGCACAUUGGAACUGGCCAAAACAUAUAUGCAAGACAGGCAGGAAUUAGAGUCUGCUCUGCCUAGAUGGAGUAGUUUGAGUAAUACUCCUUCAACAGAUAAAGUGAAUAGAGUACCCCCUAUGUUAAUUGGUGGACGAUUAAUGCAGCCCGUUGUCUCUUUAAGUAGGACACUACAGUCCAAUAAUUCCAGGUCAGUCAAUAGAAGUCCAAAUCAACAGAAUCGCAGUGUUUCAGAAAGGGCAGUGCCCAUGCAUAUGUUGCAAGAUGUAUACAUACCAUUGACAAGAAUAGAUGCAGGCGAAUUACCAGCCAAUAAUGUGGACACAGACAUGGAGGUGAACCACGCCGAUGACAGUACCGAGGAACUUGCAUUAGAUGAUAGUGGUGACAGACUGGAAGAGUCUCAAAACUCGGAUACGGAUAAUUUUGAAGAGUCUCGCAGGUUAGAUGCAGUUACAGAGGAUAUUGAGCCCGAAGAUGAGGAACUUCCGCAAAGACAACGAGCGGAGAAUCCAUUAGAAGGUCCAAGCUGGCUUUUGGAUGAACCUAGAACGAAGAGGAAGACGAAGAAAUUUACAAAUCUGGAACCGGAUUCGACCACGGAGUUCGAGGAGAAUUUGGACAGCACGCCGACGCCCGGACCCAGCCAGAGUUCGAGACAAACUGAGCGCGCGCGGCGCAGCGAGUUCUCGCCCACCGUGCGGCGCCGGCGCGCCUCCCCGCCCGCCUCGCCGCGCCCGCGCCGCCUCAGUAACAACGGGCGCAUCCUCAAAGUGCUGGUCGCCAAGAUGCGGCUCGACGAGGACGAGGGCAGCGACGGUGACACGUCGCCCCCCAAGCGGCCGAACCUCGACUCGAUGUCUCCGAUGGCGGCCGAGGUGACGCCGAGGACGAGCGCGAAAGUUCCGGAAGCCUCUCCGAAGCGGCCGUCCCGGGACGAGUCGCCUCGGUUCCAAAUCAGAGAGAUGUCGCCCUCUAAGCGGCUGAUGCGUUUCGAUGCGCCGAGUCCGAACGGGUCUACCGACUCCCGGGUUAUAGUUUUACAAAGAAAUACUUACAGAGAGACGCACGACGAUCCACCCGAACCCUGUAGUUCCGGCAUAUCCAUAUCGAGAACCAUAAAUCGAGUCAACAACUUCGACAAUCGUAACGAUCAAUCGAAUAACAACAUUAACGAUCAUAAUCCCAUCAGUAGCAAUCAAAAUCAAAACGAAAACGAUCGUAACGCUCGGAGAAAUCACAGCUGCGUCGACGAUCGUAGCAGCAAAGCGACGAAUCAAAGCCGUGAAAAUAAUAUUAGCUUGGACAAUCAUAACAGCCUCGACAAUCGUGGCAGUAGACCGAAUAAUCACAGUCGCGAUAAUAACAAUCACAACAGCUUAGACAAUCGCGGCAGCCGUGACAGUCGCGACAGCGACAGUAGUGGGAGUGAGCUGGCGAGCGAGGGUCGCACGAGGAGGCCGAGGAAGGCAGUUGUAUAUAAAGAGAAACCAUUGAACAGAAAAUUACGCAGGUGAUUAGUAUUAUUUUAUAUUAAACGGU